GAGCGGAGCCUCCGCCCGGGGGACCCCUAUCCCUGCCUGUCCCCACAACUGCGCGUCCCCACCCCACCCCCGUGGCCGAGCCACCUUUGGUGUGGCUGUCUCCACUCGUCAGAAGAGCCUUGAACAGUCACCCGACUCCUCUCCACAGCCUCUUUGCAUCUCGGAUUUCGGGGCGGCCCCCUCCCCCACCUCUCCCUGCCUCUUUGCACCCCGAUUUUUCUGCGCUUCGCUCGGGUUUUGCAGCCGUCUAUUUUUGCAUCCCUUUUCGUUUUGCUUCUGGGAGGUCUAGGGGGUGAAGCUGCGCUCGCACCCCUUCGCCUUUUUAUCCUCCCCUGCUCGGACAACCCCCCUUUUCAUUGCAGUGGGGGGGCUUAGGAUCUGUUCAUCUUACGCCGCGCCGCCAGCACCCCGCAGCGUGUGGCCUUGCGCCCCGGAAUUGGCAGCGGCUGCAUAUCUGAGGGGGGUCUCCCUUCGCCCCGCUGCCUUUGCUCCCCGCGCGUUCCGGUGCGUGAGGGGGCUUCAGCGCGCCGCACCCCGGCUUCUCCAUAGUCCCCCGCCCCGCGCGGGACUUGCCCCCCGCCGUCAAGAUGGUCAUCCAGAAAGAGAAGAAGAGCUGCGGGCAGGUGGUUGAGGAGUGGAAGGAGUUCGUGUGGAACCCGAGGACGCACCAGUUCAUGGGCCGCACAGGGACCAGCUGGGCCUUUAUCCUCCUCUUCUACCUCGUCUUCUAUGGCUUCCUCACCGCCAUGUUCACCCUCACCAUGUGGGUGAUGCUGCAGACGGUCUCCGACCACACCCCCAAGUACCAGGACCGAUUGGCCACACCAGGGUUGAUGAUUCGCCCUAAGACUGAGAACCUGGAUGUCAUUGUCAAUGUCAGUGACACUGAAAGCUGGGACCAGCAUGUUCAGAAACUCAACAAGUUCUUGGAGCCUUACAAUGACUCCAUCCAAGCCCAGAAGAAUGAUGUCUGCCGCCCUGGUCGCUAUUAUGAACAACCAGAUAAUGGAGUUCUAAACUACCCAAAACGUGCUUGCCAGUUCAACCGGACCCAGCUGGGUGACUGCUCUGGUAUUGGGGACCCCACCCACUAUGGUUACAGCACUGGACAGCCCUGUGUCUUCAUCAAGAUGAACCGGGUCAUCAACUUCUAUGCAGGAGCAAACCAGAGCAUGAAUGUUACCUGCGUGGGGAAGCGAGACGAAGAUGCCGAGAAUCUCGGCAACUUCGUUAUGUUCCCUGCAAACGGCAACAUCGACCUCAUGUACUUUCCCUACUACGGCAAGAAGUUUCACGUGAACUACACGCAGCCCCUGGUGGCCAUCAAGUUCCUGAACGUGACCCCCAACGUGGAGGUGAACGUGGAGUGCCGCAUCAACGCUGCCAACAUCGCCACUGACGAUGAGCGUGACAAGUUCGCGGGGCGUGUGGCCUUCAAACUCCGCAUCAACAAAACCUGAGGCCCCCUUCCUCCCGCCCCCACCUCUUUCCUACGGAUGCUUCUGGAAUACCCCUGACCCCGCCUGAUCCCUCCCUCACCCACCCCAAAGGUAUUUUUUAUAACAGAGCUAUGGCUUGUCUGAGCCUCGCGUUCCUUUCCUUCUGAACCCGGCCUGACAUCUGUCGUGAUUCUCUGGUUGUGCACACUUUCCACCAUCUUCUUCCUGCCCAAGCUCUGUCAGAGACAGGGAGAUGGAACCCCCAAGAUGUCAUAGAGUUCGGAGUCUUUCUAGUCCUGGUGUAGCUGUGAGAGGGCUGUCCUCACAGCUCCCCACCCAUCCUGCCCUCCUGUCCCACCCCUCCAGAACUAUAGAAAAUGCCCACCCGCCCACCUUGGGCUUCCCUCAUAGCUCAGUUGAUGAAGAAUCCGCCUGCAAUGCGGGAGACCCUGGUUUGAUUCCUAGGUUGGGAAGAUCCCCUGGAGAAAGGAAAAGCUACCCACUCCAGUAUUCUGGUCUGGAGAAUUCCUUGGACUGUAUAGUCCAUGGGGGUCACAAAGAGCUGGACACGACUGAGUGACUUUCACUUUCUUUUCACCCACCCACACACAAACGGCAAUCUCUUCAUGCUUAUCUCCAGACAGAAUGUGGCACUCUAUUCUUUUUUUUUUAAAUAACUGAAGUAUAAUUAACUUACAACACUGCUGUUAGGUCCAGGUGCACAGCUUAAUGAUUUAAUAUCUCUGUAGGCUACAGAGUGGUCACCGGUGUGACCCUCUAUCCUCCCAUGCCAGCCCAGCCGCUGUCCCCCUCCCGUCUCCCACACCUUCUGCCUUGUCUACCACAGUCGCUGUCGCGGUGGCUUUUGACUUGUGUGACUCCUCUGGUCAGUCUUUCCUCACUUCUCCAUCCCCAUUCCCUCCACUGAAAGCGGGACCACUUCUAACUGAAGACAUGGUGGCUCUGUGGCCUUUUCCUUCUUUCCUGGCACAGCUGGGUUCUCACUCCACAUUGAAUACGUGAGCUGGGAAUGAGGGUCCAAAAGAGAAAUCCCUGUUGGUUCUUGAAAAUUCUCUUCCCAGUCUCCUAUCACUCCUCUGAGGGGCGGGGUUGACCUAAGCUGAAUAUCCACUUUGUUUUUGCCGAUGGCUCCCUCCCCUCUGUUCCCUUUCCCAGAAUAUCCUGCAAGUUCUACUUCCCAGGCGCCCUGGGGGAGGGGCAGCCACUUUGGCUGGGUCCCCAGUGGCCACCUUGGAAACGUCAGCUGGUUAUGGGACUAUUCCAUCUCCUUCCCCUCCGCCCAGAUCUGCUCCCCCACCCCCAUCCUCUCUGUGGGUUCUCUUAGCAAGUUAUCAACUAAUCAUUAACUCCUCCCCUUUCUUCUGCAUGCCAGCCUGAAAAUUGCAGAUACCUCCUCCUUUUAAGACUCUGAAUUUCUUGGCUCCAUCUCCUUCAGACCCCUUUGCCUUCUUAAACAACCCCAUAGUGCCCAUAGAAUGUUAAAUGAGGGACCUCCUGUGUUCUUGAGUUAUAGAGGCAUUUUAACUCUUUCCUCUCCCACGCCCUUCACUUCCCCACCUGUAAUUUCCCCGUUCUUUUUUGAUGCUGCAGCUUCCAUACCCCACCCACGGGUGGACCUUUCCCUGUUUUUCUCUGGCUGGAUCUGAGGCUCUUCCCUUUGGAUCCCAUUGUUUUCCUGCACUCCCCUCACCCAAGUGGUCUCUCUCUGCAGUUAUUUAAUGCCUGUGUCUGAUCUACUGUAAAAAGAGGAUAAAGUACAAUAAAAUGAGAGCAAUUAUAUAUAUAUAUAUAAAUAUAUAUAUCAUACAUGGA